UUUUGUUUUGAUUUGGUUUGUUUGUUUUUUUCCGGACCCGGCAUGGAGGUGGCGCUUUUGGCAGGAAAACCCUAGUUUCCUGAGGGGCCUGCAAUGUAGGCGAACCCUAGCCCUGGCCUAGAUGCUCCCUGCGCCCCUUGGUCUAUUCUCUACUCCCAGCCUCUUGCCCUGUCGAGCCUAGGAUCCACCUCCGGUGCCCUCCAAGUCGCCAGAAGCUAAACUAAACAGCCUUCCAGCCGGGCAUCCCGCAGCCUCCCGAGGCCUGGCAGAGCCCUCGGGGCCUCCUGCACCUUUCCCCGCCCCUCACUGUUUCCGAUCUCCCCGCAGCUACUGAGCCACGCCGGCAUUCGAACCCAGGAUGGAGCGUUUUGGGAGAAGGCUGCGCUCGGGGUUCCAGAGACUCCUCGCCAGUGCCGAACCGAGCCGUCCUCGCACUAAGCAGCCUCCCCCAGGGCCUGGCCCUGGGUCCCUCGCUCGAAAGGACAUAUAGUGCUUGGGGGUCUGGUGUGUUGGGGAGCCCCUGCAGCCCGAACUGCACUGGCGGCCACUGCAAGAGAACUCUGCCUCUGCACAGAAAGGGGAGGGAGUGAAACCACGACUGGAGGAAAUACUGAGGGGUCGGGCAUCUCCCUUCUGUGACUAAAACUUGACGGGGAGGUUUGGACAUGUCUGGUUAUAUUUGUUGUGUUGUUUUGUUUUUGAGAUGGGGUCUUGCAGUUGGAUGUGCUAAACUUUCAGGAGUUUCGUUUUAUUUUUGGUACCAGGAAUCAAACCCUACGUUUGCCAGGCAGGUGCUGUGCCACUGAGCUAUAUCCCUGAAAGGAGUUUCAUUUUAGAUUUAUGCCAGAAACCAGUGGUACACCCUUACAAUCCCAGCUCUAUGGAAGCCGACGCAGGAGGAUCACCUGGUGCACAGGGUCAUGCUGCCAGGCUUGGAGCUGCUGCUGUGGUCUCCAGCUCCCCCAGAAAGCCCCAGCCCCUCACAGCCUCGGCUAGAGGAGGAGACGCCUGCGGUGGCCGUGGCAGAAGUGGAGUUAGCCAUAUAGCAAAAAGUAGCCUCACCCGAGAAGGCUGCAGCGGAGGGUUCCAUGGAUCCUGGCCAUCUGUUGUCCCCAUCGUGCAGGCAGAGCGUAUGCUGGUCCUCCAGAACCAAGCUUCCCAGGAGAGCCGACCUCCUGGACUACUGCUUCCAGGUUCAUGUUCAGUUGUCCAAGCUGAACAUAGAGUCCAAGCUGGCUGGACCUGGUGGCGCAAGCCUGUCAAGCACGGAGGAGGCUGACGCAGGAACAUCACUUCAAGUUCAAGGCCAGCCUGAACUACAUAGUGAGACUAUGUCUCAAAAAACUUAGAGACGAGGGGAUGGGGAUUUAGCUCAGUGGUAGAAUGCUUGUCAAGCAGGUGGGAGGCCCUGGUUCCAAGCCUCAGCACACACACAUACACACACACACACACACACGCACACAGAAACUAAAUACAUAAAUUUCAAUCCUUGAGAUUUUUAAAAAAAUAUGCAGCCAGGUACGGCACAUGCCUGCACACUUGAUCUUAGCCAAAGGCUAAGAAAUGAAGGCACACGUCUGUAAUUCCAGCACUCGAGAAGGCUGUAGCAGGAGGAUCUCUGUGAGUUCGAGGUAAACUUGGGCUACUUAAGUAAGUUGAAGGCCAGCCUACACUAUACAAUCAGACGCUCUCAAAAUAAAAAUUAAAAAUAUGCAAAA